ACGGAAGUGAGCACGGCCAGAGCGGGAAAGGAGUGAAUCGUGUGCGCUUCUCACUAAGAAAUCAAAGUCAAAUUAUUGCCUAAUGUCUUGUUAACAUACACCCGUGGUUUUGCGUUGCACAUCAAAAAAGACUGUCUGGAUUGUAUACUUAAUGUGCGCCGUCCAAAAGACAAGGAAAAGUGUUUUAAGCUAAGUUGUUAUAAGUGUGAUCAAAAAGAACCAUGCACGCGUUUUUAAAAGGAGCCACUGUUCAGAGCACUAAACCACAGAAAGAAAAGGCAACAGCCGGACCCAGUGGAGAGAAGAAGCCAAAGGCUCUGCCCUGGGUGGAGAAAUAUAGGCCAAAAUGUGUGGAUGAUGUGGCCUUUCAGGAGGAGGUGGUCGCAGUGCUCAAGAAGUCUCUGGAGGGAGCAGAUCUUCCCAACCUGCUCUUCUACGGCCCGCCAGGAACAGGAAAGACCUCCACUAUCCUGGCUGCUGCAAGAGAACUGUUUGGUCCCGAGCUGUACAGACAGAGGGUGCUAGAGCUGAAUGCCUCAGAUGAGAGAGGGAUCCAGGUGGUCAGGGAGAAGGUGAAGAACUUUGCUCAGCUCACAGUGGCUGGGUCUCGAUCAGAUGGGAAGCCUUGUCCUCCUUUUAAAAUCAUCAUUCUGGACGAGGCAGACUCUAUGACCGCUCCAGCUCAGGCGGCGCUCAGAAGAACCAUGGAGAAGGAGAGCCGCACCACUCGCUUCUGCCUCAUCUGUAACUACAUCAGCAGGAUUAUUGAGCCGCUGACCUCCAGAUGUUCCAAAUUUCGAUUCAAGCCUUUAGCCAAUCAGAUCCAACAUCAGAGACUGCUGGACAUUUGUGAGAAAGAGAACUUGAAAUACACCAAUGAGAGCAUUGAAGCCCUGGUUAGAGUGUCCGAGGGAGACUUGAGGAAAGCCAUCACGUACCUCCAGAGCGCUGCACGCCUCAACACCGACAAAGAGAUCACAGAGAAGGCUGUCGUUGAAAUAGCAGGGGUGGUCCCUACGAAAAUGAUUGACAACUUGCUUGAGAUCUGCUUCAAAGGAACAUUUGAGAAACUAGAGGUUGCAGUCAAAAACAUUGUGGAUGAGGGCUACGCUGCUACACAGAUCCUGGGGCAGCUCCAUGAAGCCAUUAUAGAACGAGACAUCAGUGACAAGCAGAAGUCAGCCAUCACUGAGAAGACGGCUGUGGUGGAUAAGUGCCUGGCAGAUGGAGCAGAUGAGUACCUGCAGAUGCUGAGCCUGUGUUCUGUCAUCAUGGAACAAGCUGAAAAGAAUAACUAAAGCAAAUGUAUGCAGUUCUAUCGACCCCAACAACCACAAUAACAACAUGCUGAACUACUGGCCUUACCAAAGGAUUAGAGUUCAAUAGAAUGUACAGAUUUUAAUGGACGAAUAAA